GGGGGCUUUACGGUGAUGAAGCAAACGGCCCGUAUGACAACAUAUGACUGGGUGCUAUUGAUGUCUAUUUGAGACAUGACCGUUUUCCCUUCUUUCUUUCUUUCUUUCUUUCUUCCUUUCUUCCUUUCUUCCUUUCUUCCUUUCUUCCUUUCUUUUUGUCCGCAAGCGAUAGGCGGAAGCGGCUCAACGGACUUGGAGGUCUCGAGAAUCAAUGCAACGGCGCAGAAGACCCGCCGCCAAUCAUGCCUCGAAGAGUGGCAGCGCCAUCAAGAUCUAGGCGGCUUCAGGAUCCCUGUUAGCGCCGGCGAAUUGCUUGGACGGGAAGAAAAGGGGGGACGGCGGAGACCAAGAAAGCGCCCACCAUCUCAUCCAUCCAGAACCAGGCAGAACACCACCGCCAGGCCAGAUCCGGAGCUGAUCAAGGAUCUGUUCCUGGAUACCGAACCAGAGCAGUAUUAAAGUGGACUUACAUGUCCCUCUAGACACACCAUUGGCCCUCGACGACCACCCUUCGCGCGGACUGGUGUCUGCGGCGCCAGCCAACCGCCGUUCCGUUCCUGGCGUCCAAGUUCGGGUGGUGCGUCCAUUGGUGUGUUUGAGAAGUCGGGGACUCCUGCGGAUCUGCAGUGAGCUGUCCAUUGCUCCCACCGAAAACAUGCGUUUGCUCUCACCUAGCGCAGUGCACACGCAGGCACAGAGGCAGAGGCGAAAGGGUGGAACCG